AUGGAAGAACACAAGAACACUCAGCUAGAUUAUGAUCUCCCUCUUUCCUUCAGCUCCUAUCCAUCCAUCCUUCACCACUCUCCGCCCCAAGCACCCCAUUGCCCUGAAGUGAUAGCCAUUGCAAAUCCCCCAUCCAAACCAGCCCUUCCAAGGUCAGAGAAAGUGGAAAUCUUAAGAUUGGUCCAGUCAAAGAGGAACAUUAACAGUUUGAACAUGGACCUUGAAAGGGACAUGCAGAGAAUAGAUGAAGCAAAUCAAGAACUUCUUCUCAAAAUCCACGAGAAAGAAAACGAGAUUCAGAGGCUGGAAAGUGAGAUCACCCAGACCAGAGACUUGGCUGAAGAUGAGGAGUGGGAGAAGGAGAACUGCACCACAGUAGAGAGGGAAAAAGCCUUGCAGGAGCUGGAAGAAGAAACAGCCAGACUCGAUAGGAAGAAUGAGACUCUGGUCCACAGUAUAGCAGAACUUCAAAGAAAGCUUACAAGAAAAUUACAUAAGGCAACGAAGUGUGAACAAGACAAAACAAAGGGAUCCUCAGAAGAGUCAAAGGCCAAGUUACAACAGCUGGAAGCUUCCUGUGCAGACCAAGAGAAAGAGCUAGCCAAGGUAAUGGAGGACUAUGCAUUUGUGGCUCAGCUCUGUGAGGAUCAGGCCCUCUGCAUAAAGAAGUACCAGGAAACACUGAGGAAAAUAGAAGAAGAACUAGAGACUCGGUUCCUUGAAAGAGAAGUAUCAAAAGUCUUGAGCAUGAAUUUUCUAAGAAAAGAGUCUAACAGCCAAAAUCAUAAGGAUCAUUCUCUACAAAAGAAGGGAACACUUUUCUGCAAAAGGAUUUUUCAAUAUGUCUUUUUCACCACCCUAUUUUUCAUCAGACUGUUGGGCUACUUGUUUUUUCAUAUAAGUUUUAUAAAUCCAGAUCUCCUUAUCAACAUACUGCCCAAGAUACUGAGCAGGGACAUCCUGUGGAAGCUAAGAUGCUUCUUCUUUCCAUCUCUCACACUUGAGACAGAGGACAUGUUACCUCACUGA